GGCGCGCGCGCACUUCGUCGUCAUUUCGCGCCGAAGUCUCGCUGCGUUCGCCGUUUGCGGUCCCCAGCUUUAGUGAGACGCUCCCUACGGUGUGACAGAAAAGAAAAGUUAUAAGCGAAGAUGGUUCUAACCGGUCUCGUACGAAGCGUUUCCCGCGCCGGCCGCUGCGCGCGCGCACACUACUGCAGCAGGGCUCUCUACAGCACGGAAAACAAAGCGCGGUACUAUACGAAGAAACACGAGUGGGUCUCGGUCUCAGACAACAUUGGCACUGUCGGCAUAUCCAGCUACGCGCAGGAUGCGCUGGGAGAGGUGGUGUUCGCCCAGCUCCCAGAGGUCGGGCGGGAGGUGGCGGCGGGCGACGAGUGCGGCGCGCUCGAGAGCGUCAAGGCGGCUAGCGAGGUCUACACGCCCGUGUCUGGAGUGGUGACAGAAAAGAACGACAACGUCGAGUCAACGCCCUCUCUCAUAAACAAAUCGUGCUACGAAGAAGGUUGGCUGUUCCGCGUGAAGCUGUCCAAGCCCGAGGAGCUGCGGCAGCUGCUGGACCAGGCGGCCUACGACCAGCACCUGCAGGACCACUAGCACGACGCAUCAUCUCGCAAAGCGUAGCCAACACCCGUCGCCACGAGCGCCUGCUAAAUAUGUCAUGCGACGGCACAGAGGCUAGAUGUUAACGCUUACAAAUUAAGUAACAAAAUCCCUGAAGGUAUUUGCUGUUUUACCGAGUCAAGGUUUAUUAACUGACUCUACGUUAGAAUCUCAACAAAACGUCUGUGUAAGAAUGAAAUAGAUAAUGAAUAAUGGUUAGUACCUACCAGUUUAAGGAAUUGCUGUUUGUGUUUCUUACGUAAAAUGUUAGUAUUUUCAGGCAGCACAUUCCGCAUUUUUGUUUUUCAGGGUUUGUUACGACUAGGGCUUUUAUAAGCUUAUUUAUAUAAAUCAGAACGAUUCAAGUAUCGUUCAAUUGUCUUAACUCUAAAUGAUAUUCUAUUUUAUUUAUUCCCAAGAAGCAGAUAUGAAUAUGAUUGUAUGGGUGAGCAGUUCCUAAAAUAAAUACUUUAAGACCUUU